AUUUUUUAAAAUAUGUUUAACAAUUUUUAAUAUCUUGAAAAUAAUUGAGAUUGGAUUUUAAUCUUAAAUAUAGUCUAGUUAUUUGUGGUAAUCAUAUUUGCAGACAAAAAACAAUUCUUUCAUGCCAAAGAUAUUAAAUAGUAAUUGACAUUGUAUUAAAAUGCACACUUCAACUGUAUUAUAUCUACAUAGACAUAUUAAUUGUUUUUGAAUUAUAUACGGUUGCAUUUAAUAACUAUUGUCAAUAACCCAGAGUGCUUAGCUAUAGAUUACAUGUUUAUUUAGUUAUCCUGACACAUCACUUAUUCUAUACAUCGAUAAAUACAUGAUGGUUAGUUACAGGUAUUCAUUCCAUAGUUUAAUCUCCGAAACGCCAAUGCUUACGCUUCACAAUUCCGGUGCAACAUCCUCUUUUAAUUACCCUAUUAAAUGUCUCAUUUAACAUGCCUAUAAUACUUCAAAUAUCGCAUUUCACAAGCAUUUAUAUUUUAUUUAAUAUUAAUUCUCUUAUAAGGAAUAUUUUCUACUUCUACUUUUGAUAUAAUUGUUAGUUAUAAGUACAAUAGUAAUUUAAACAUCCAGUUACUAUCAUCUCCUCUGUAAUCUCACUUUACCAUUUACAGUGGGUUUCUGAGAUCAUAAUCCUCGUAUAAAACAUAUUGUUAUCUAUGUUUUGUCAAAGAUAAUGACAAGGGUGAUUAAAUGUUUUAUACCGAGGUUUUAGUUUCAGAAACCAACAGUAAAUUGGUAUCAGUGUUUAAGUAUUCAUAUAUGUAUGUCCUCAAAUAUUUGUAUUGAUAUAUGCUACAUUUAAAAAUAUUGUAUCUCUCAUUCUCUUUCAUUAUUGACAGUCGACACUUGUAAGACAUAUUUGUUAGACAAUGUGUUUCUUAUAUGAAGGAAUAUAGAGUAAGUUUAUGAAACUUGUGUAAAUAUUUAUGGCAAUUCCGCAUUUUGUCUUGCGUUCCAGCUGCCAAAUAUUAGUCCCCUUUCUCUUCCCUGCCUUUUCUUAUAAGGAAAGGAUGAGAAGGGGGAGUGGAUACAAGGAGGGGAUAUAUCCUUCUUUCAGUGUGUCCCCUGUUCCAUCAAUUAAAGUCGGGCAAUACAUCUGCAAUUGUGGAUGUGUAAGGGUAGUGGUCGCUUCGCCAUUUCGGUGUAUUCAGGUGGCCGCUUGCUCCUUUGCCAUCAUAUAUUAAAAGAAAAUGUAACUUGAUUGGUAAUUGAUAAAUUUUAUGCUAUAAAUGCGCAUAUUGUAAUUGUAAACCCUUGCUGUCACUAUAAUAUAUAAAGUAAUAAUUAAAUUGUUUUAUUAAUAAUUGAAUCCUCAAAUAUAAUUAGAAAACGCUUAUGUUCUUAUGAUUUUUUGACCAAUAGAAUCUUGUGCAUGACAAAGAAGCAUUAGACAGGAACUUUUCUGCAGGUUGUCUGUAUUCUAUAUUUUUGUAGCGAAGAUCGAUAAAAGUAAACUACAUAUGCCUGAUAUUGAUCAUAGUUUCAUGAAUCUUAAUCCAUAUAAAUGAAAUCAAAAACAGGGUUGACAAGUGACAUUGAAGACAUUUACGGAUAUUGCCAUUUACAAAUAUACUGACUGUAAGUUCAUACACAACCUACAACAAUAUAACUUAGAUCUUGUUUUUGAAAAACUACCUACCUCAAAAGCACACAGGGGAUAUAGCUGCAGUUUGCGUAUUAAGGUUUUUUUUUAAAUAUAGAACUGCGUAGAACUUGGUACAAUAACAAUUUUAUAGAGGACUUACUUAGCAUUUUAAUUGUGGGUGUUAUAACGAAUACCUUUCAAGGCCUCUUACUAGAAAAGUAGGUGUAAUUUUCAAUUUCAUUAUGUAUAAUCAUAGUCUUCAACAGCUCCAACUCCCAAGCCCAAGGAACAUCGAUCACCACAGUACAUUCCAGUGGCUUUUGCUAGUGUUCAUCUUGUCUCUUCAAUACUCCUACUUGUGUUAACCUUUAACCAGUGAACCAUAUGGGAAGACUCGAUGAUACAGAAUGCUAUUAUUCUGUGGUUAGUAAAUUGCUCCUAGUCCAAUCCAAUCCAAUCACUCUCAAUAGUUGACAGAACCUUGUGCCAGUAAUAUACUUGCUAAUAUAAAGAGUUGUUCUGCUUGAUAAAUAAAAUUCAUACAAUAAAAGUUUACCAUAUGCCAUACGUGCAGCUUUUGAUACAACAAAUACAAAAUGAUUCUUCUUGUGUUAGUGCUUGUACCUUUAUUAAAAUGUUAUGCUGACGAAAAUAUCACUGUACCCCAAGAUGAAUACAAAUGUUCUUUACCAGAUGUGACUAGUAUUGACGAUAAUCUGGAUAUUACCAGAUUCAGGUCUGAUUUCUCCAAAAUUUCUGAGGUAAAAUUUCCAGGGCUCAUUGGUCCAUUAAAUGAGAGAUUAAUAUGCAAAAUAAAAUGCAUAGAUGGAAACUGGGUUGGCCCUUUAUGUUCUACUACAGCAGAAGGCAGGUUCCAACCGAUAUUACGUGAAUGUUUUUACCGGGAUGACUACAAGUUAUUAUCAAUUUCAUUUAAGAAUUCAUCAAUUGAGAAAGAAACCUACUUCCCUCAUGGUUCAAUAGUUACAUCAAAAUGUAAGCAUUUUGGCUUAUACAAAUUGAAAGGCGAAAGCCAAGUGAGAUGUGAAAAUGGAGAGUGGAGUCCAAAAUUUCCUGAAUGCGUUCCCACAACAUUAGUCACCAACUUUACAGGUGAUGCCCCACCAUCCAUCCAAUAUGUUGUUGUUAGUGGUUCAGCAGUGGUGGAGCCCUCCGGUGAACUGUUUGUAUAUCCGGAUAGUACACUAUGGCUCGAUUGUAUUAUUCCUCGAGUUUUGGGAGAUCCAGAUUGGAGUUGGACACAAGCAUUAGGGCAGCACAAUGCAGCUUGGGCGGCAGACGAUGAAGAGAAAGAAACACACUAUCGCUUGACUUUAAUGAAGAUGUCAGCGCGACACAGCGAUCAGUACACGUGUACAUCAUCUGGAGGCCAUACCAACACCAUCAUCAUUAAAGUUGUUAGUGUUGUUUGUCCACCGAUAAAUGUGUCAUCGCCACGGAUUCGUCUCUUCUCGCAAGGAUGGAAACUUGGUCACUCCGUACAUUUUAGUUGUCAACCGGGCUUCCAUUUAAAUGGCUCGGCUAUACUUUACUGUAUGGGUAAUGGUCAUUGGUCAGCAUUACCUCCGACAUGUGAAGAAACUUUCUGUCCGAUGCUAAGAACGUUGGGACCUCACUUGAGCCUUGUAGAAUACAACUCUUCGUAUGGAGGGCGAGCAGUGUUCCAGUGUUCAUGGGGCUACAGGCUCGUGGGUGCACCAGGACUGGAGUGUGAGCUUGAUGGAAGAUGGUCAGGGGAUAUACCUCAUUGCAUAGCUAUCUACUGUCCUAAUCCAAUAGUGCCAGAAAAGGGACGUUUAUUGACACAAGCAUCUACUAAGAAUGGAAAAUAUGCUGUAGGUGAUUUAUUAAUUUAUGGAUGUGAUGAAGGAUAUCAAGUGCUAGGUGAACCUUCCAUUGUAUGCACCGAGAAUGGAUUUUGGUCACAUCCUCCGCCAUUUUGUCUACGACCAUCAGAAAUAAGGAAAGCAGACACCAUUUAUAUAGAAAAUACAACUUUUGUACAUUUCGAAGAUUAAGUAUAACCAUACAACUUCAUUGCAGUGAUAAAUGUAAUACAUAUUUUUCUCUCUUUCUUUUUCUUUCACGAAAUUGAGACAACUAUAUAUUUAACUGUUAUGGCAGUUUAAAUCUAUAUGUCCUUGGUGGCUAGAUAAAGUAUAUCCGUUCCGAAGCCAUUUCAUAACAAACUUCAAAAAUGUAUAGAACUUUGGAUAAGUCAUGUGAUUAUCUCACUUCAGUUCCAUACAUUUGUUACAUUCGUUAUAGAAUCGCUUCUGAACGAAUGCACUUUGUCCAGUCCCCAAGUUGUGUUAUUGAAAAUAAUUGAACAACAGCAUCGAUGGAUUGGAAUUAUUCAGUAUUAUUAUUAUUUAUUACAAGUUAUUAUAAUAAUAAGUAUAAAAAUAUGCCUUCACAGAUUAUUAUUGCUAUUAGAUGAUUAUAAGAAAUUUGUACUAUUAAUUUUAAAUCUUUGACCGGAUU